GUCGUCUGCUUUGCACUCCGUCUGUCUGUCGUCUGAAGACUAUAAAAGCGCCGUAGCCUAUAUAUCAGUAAUAAUAAUGUUAGAAAUUGGCAAACAAUUGUUAUUUCUCAAUUCUGUUAUGUACAAUAUUUAACCAUAUACACUAUACGGUAAUGCGUAAUGUGGUAUCAUCUUUAUAAAAAUGUAAUAACUUCGCAGUUGUUAGUUUUAUCAGGGUUUAUGUCCACCGACGUGCGAUAGGGAUUUUGGAUCUGGGAGCAUAAGAAUAGACGUGGUAGUGAUUUUUUCUUGAGAUGAGGCAGCAACGAACAGGACGACAGAAGUUCCAAGAUCUUCGCCGUUUGACUUUUCAGGAUUGGAUAAUUCCACAUUACAACAACAAUAAUAACAAUCCAAACAGCAUCAAGAUGAUGAAAAAUCAUUCAUUGCCUGUCUUCAGUUACACAAAAAUGGAGACUUGUCCUCCUUUGUCAACAAUCAAUUCACAGUUUGCAUGGGCUGGACAUGUUCUACCAGACCUUGUGCAAGAACAGAGUGAUAGACUUCUUCGGCGGCUUGAAAGACCAAAAACUGCCGGAAAUCGACUAUUAAAUCUUGGAAACAACCGCAUGAAAGGCAGGAAACUAUCUCGACCUUCAUCUGCAGUUUCGUACGCUAACUCUGUCAAUAAUUCUUCUGAGAUAACUUCUAUUUAUCGCAUGGAUUAUACUAUGGGAAAUAGCCCUAUCGCAAAUGCUGAGGUGCCCCAUGUCACACAAAAUAUAGACACUGUAAGGAGAAUUUCACAGGAAAAUUUGGAAAACGAUAAAAGCCCAGAGAGUGAGAGGAGUAGUAGCCCAGACUUUAUUGCAAAUCUUUAUAAAGAAUAUGAGAAAAAACUUUCGACAGAUCUUGGAAAUGAAGUUAUAUCACCUCAUGAUAAUAGGAGUCCCGAACUAAGUUACUAAGAAGACCCAGUGUGCAAUUCAAAGUUGAACAAAAGAAAACACAAACUGAAAAAUCAUCUGAAGUAUAUUCUCCUAAAGGAAAAGAAAGAAUCCACUGUGUCGUAAAGCUUCCCUGUGAAGAAAAUAGUUCAUCAAACUUCCAGAAAAAUGAUCUAAAUAAAUCAAAAAGGAAUUUUGAUUUGCGGUCGAAAAGUGAACCACCAAAAUCAGAUACAUGGUUAGACUUGUCGGAACUUUGUCAUCCAUCCGAUGGUGAUGAUGGUACAGACAGUGAUCAUGGUGAAAUUGAGCUUCGUCGACCUUCUGUUGCUUCAGAAAGUUUAUCAAGUCUAAAGCUAUUAGAUUUGAUUAAUGAAUGUGAUGGUGCACAAGAAAGAGAUAAUGCGUUAUCAUCGAAAUGUAAAAUCUCGAGACCAAGCACUACAAAACAUUCUAGGAAGUCUAGACCAAAAAGCAGACACAAGAAACGAAAAACUUCUUCGAGUCAGGCUGAGGAAAGCACUAAAGAGUAUUCAAAAGUAUCAGGAAACAAAAAAUUUGACGUAACUUCUCGCCAAGCUCGAGCAUCUGACAAACUAAGAGAAGAAAUUGAGACUCAAAUGUCCAAACUUGAUUUUGAUGGCAAUACUGCGCGCUCAAACCAAAAGAAUGAAGAAUUGCUUAUUGCAUCAACUCCGAAUAGUCAAAAAACUUUUUCCAAUGAUGUUAUACCCAAAAUAAAAUCAAGUUCAUGGACAGUAACCAGUCAAUACUCUAAUUACACAUUACAUUCCAAAAGUUCAAUUCCGCUGAAAAAAAUACCUAUUCAAAUAUUAUCGGACCCUUUCACAACCAAUGUUAAAAUUUAUCAUAGCAAGCAGGCUGCUUGUUACAAUGGUAAGCCUAAUCAUUAGUUUUGUCAUCUCCUGACUCCACUGGUAUCUGUAAUAUCAAAGUGCAGCAAGCAGUGCAUUCAUGCAAUCAGAUCCUGUCUUUUAUAUAACUAUUACAGUUGUGUGAAAAUGAAAAAGUUUAUAUUUCGAGAGUAUACGCUCAAAGCAAAGUCAUAUUUUCUCAUUUAUUUCUGAGUAAAGUCUUCAUGACAACGUCUAUUCACUGUAUAAAAGAGCAUUUGUUUCAACUACAAUCUCACUGUGCUGAUAUUUUCAAAUCAUGUUUUUUUUACCUAAUUUCAAGUUCUAAACUUUUGUAAUUUCUUUAUUUUACAUAUGUAUUCCCAUCAUGUGUCUGUCUGUAAAUGCAUGAAUUAUUUUGAACUGUGAGCUGCUUAUCUUUUCAUUUUUAUAAUAAAAGAAUCAAUGUCAGAAA